AUGGCAGACCUUCCUCGAGAUCGAGUGAAACCGUUUUCCCCACCAUUUACAGUAACUGGCGUAGAUCUGUUCGGUCCAUUCAGUCUUAAGGUUUCAAGAAACAAGAGUGUUAAAGCCUGGGGUGCAAUUUUCACUUGUGCUACAGUACGGGCUAUCCAUUUAGAAGUCGUCGAGAGUAUGUCAUCCGAAGCCUUUCUCCACGCGAUGAGACGAUUCGCUUCCCAUCAUGGUUGGCCAAGCACGAUAAUAAUUUCCGAUAACGGUACGUUGUUUGUUGGAACAGAGAGAUUAUUAAGAGAGCUAUUUACAAAAUUGCGACAGAAGCUCGAAGAUUUCGCAACCCUACAUCAACUUCGCUGGAUUUUUACCACGCCCCGGAGCCCUCGUCAAGGCAGAAUUUAUGAAAGCUUGAUAAAACAAGUGAAACGUGCCAUUCGAGUUGUGAUCGGAAGCCAACGGUUAUCUUGGAACGAAAUGAACACAGUGUUUGCCGAAGUAAAGUCGUUGAUCAACGGAAGACCCUUAGAUACCCAUCGAACGAUCCCAAUGAUUUGCAACUCCUUACCCCUAACAAUUUUCUCAUCGGUCGAGCAUCGAACAGCGUUCCGCACGGGUCAUUCGAGAGAAGUGAAAUCUUUAGUCGAAGGUUUGAGUUUGUCCAAAGCCUGGUUCAGCAAUUUUGUAAGAGAUUUAUUCGUGAGUAUCUCCCGACGUUGCAGAAAAAAGGAAAAUGAUGAUUAA